AUGCUUUCCUUUAUCUACGACCCCGCACGAUUUGCAAUGACGACCGACGCAUCCUCGCCCCCAAAGGGUUCCAGAAACAUUCCGCCAAGUCCCAAACUUCUAUCUCCUGCGGAAGCUAUUGCAGAGGCCUGGAAGCGAGAGACAGAAGAGAGUAAAGCAAGAUGGCGCAGGAUUGAUGAGGACGUCAGACGACGUUAUACAAAUCCACAUCGCAAAAAGGAGCGUAAAACAAAGCUUUGA